AUGUUUGAUCAUAUAAAUCAUAAAUAUAUUAAGAGUUUAAAUGAAUUAUUAAAAAAUACAUUAAAUUACAAAUAAUAUAUAGAUGGGGAAGUUCUAUAAGCAAUUUAAAUUAGAAUCAUUCAUUUUUUCUUUUAAUAUGUAAAAAUAUUAAAAAAAGAACUUCGCUAAUAAAUUUCUUUGAAGAUACUUAAAAUUUGCUAGAUGAUCGAAGAAAAGUUUUAGAAAUAGAAGGGGGCAGGCAGACAAUUAGGUUAAAAAAAUUAAAUAUCAAAAGAAUUUAAUUAAAAUUUAAAAUCUUACAAAAAGAAAGGAAGAAAGAAGAAGCAUUUUGCUCAAAGCAAAAUAACAGACAGCAGCCAGCCGCCAUCGCUUUAGUCAACAAGAAGGGUCAUAAGAAAAAUGAUUGCUUGCUUAUCAAACGAGAAAAACGAAUUAUCAUCUUCAACUAUCGAAGAUUCCAUAGUAAAUUAAAGUCUUAAAUAAUUUGAAGACAAGAAAAACUCCAAUGAGUCAGCUCCCAAAACCUCUUAAAAUUCUCCAAAAUUAGUAGCUUAGGUUUAACAAAAGCAUUAAGAAAAAAGGACUUUCCCUUACUUUAGAUACGAUGAUACAAAACGUUUAAACUCACUUAAAAAUAUUAUUAAUUAAGCGUAAAAAGGCAAGCCAAUUCGUCUUUACUUAGAAAAUGUACCUAACUUUGCAAACGAAUUUGAUUUCGAAGAGCGUUGUCGCGGCUUACUCAAUGUGGUUUGGAAUCACAAAAAAUAGAAUUCAUGCUUCAUUCUGAUGGAAAAUAAAGAUUAUGCCCUCGAUGUUUUAGAUUUAGAAAAGGAACUUCCUCCAUAUUGCAAGGAAGGUAGAAUUUUUGUAACCCGCGUUGAAGAAAAUUCAAUUCUAUAUGCUAAAAAACCAAAUCCUAAGAGAUUCGAAACAUAUUAUAACUUAAGUGAUGACACUGGAUUUUUUAUUGUUGAGAAUGAUAAGAUGAAAUACUUUUGGUAUGAUUAAAAUGGAGGCUUUUAUGAUGAAUACGGUAUUUACUAUAAUUAAAAAGGCAGACCCUCUCCUCCUCCCUAUUUGUAAUCUAAGGCUGGCCGUUCCAAAAAAAACAACAAUAGAGGAAACUAUGAAAAAAAUAAUAAAAACCAAAAUUAUGAGCAAAAAGGUAACUCUCCAGCACUAAACGGUUUGAAGCAAUAAUCAUUAAAUUAAGUAGAAUAUAUAAAGAAAUCAGAUUUAGAAAGCAUUGAAGCAAAAGCCAGAAACAAAGAUUUAGAUUUCUCUUCAAAUAAUUCUAAUAAAUAUAAUAAGAUUGGAAACAACGAAAACUCUUUGACUUUACAGUAAUCGGCUAGUGAAAGUAAAUUGUACCCAAAUUAUAACAAUUAGAAUAGACCAAAGUCUAACUCUGGAGGUUCAUUUAACAAUAAAGGAAAAAAACAAGGAAGUUUUAACUAAAAUAAUUCUAACUACAAUAACCAAAGGAAUGCACAAAGAAAUAAAUCUGAUACUCAAUUCAAAAACAAUGAGAAUGAAAAAUGGGGAAAUAGUAACUACUUUAACGGUAUGGAAAAGAGUGAUUCUGCAAAUAACUUGCCCUAAAAAUAAAACAACUUCUUCGUUAACAAUAACAACAACAAUAAUAAUUAAGGAGGAUUUAAAAACAGACAGAAAUCAAACUCUCAACAAUCCCCUUAAUGA